GUUUUACAGAUUGGCGUAGGGCUAUCUUUAAUAAUAUCUUUAGUCAGUUUCCUAACCGGAUUUUUGAUGUAAAAACUGCGACAUUUUGGUUUGACCUGGUGAACUUUGGCGUGUUUUAUAAUGCGUUCGGAAGGAAAAUCAAACUUGGAUUUUACCCCAGUUUCAAUAUGAUGAAUUUGAUAUUUUUGAAUUCUCCUUGCAGUUCAUAUUUUCUGAAAAUGAAAAUUUUCCAAUAACAAUUCAAGUACCGGAUUAAGAAGAAAAAAAGAUUCAAAUUGGGGGAUUAUGACAAAGUAAGACAAAGUGGUUGAUUUCAUCAUUUCAAUACAUAUUGCAACAUAUGAGGAAUACGGAGUCUUGUCGAAACGUUGUGUAACACUUUAACUUCUUGGUGAACUUCGUGUGGAAAUUCUGAAGCAUUUGUAUAGGACUGCUUAAUAUUUGUGAAAACGCUUUGUGUUUAAUUGCUACUUAUAACUAGUAACAUUGUACCGAAACGUUGGAACGCUCUCCAAGUGAAAUCUUGUCGAAAAGGUUGUGUGAAAAUUAAAGAUUAUUAGUGGAAGUAAUCAAUAAGAUUUUAAUAUUCUUUUGCAAUCGUUGAUUUUACCACCCGCUGUGUUGUGAUAUUUUAUGUGUGACUUUUUGAGACAAUUUUACAACGAAUGUGCCGUUUUAGUGAAUUCUUUUAAAAUCUUCACGAAAGCCUUCGCAAAGACGCUGAAGUGUUGUAUAAGAUAUUGAUUUUUCAUUUGAUAAUACCAUUGGAUACAUUUUGAUCAUAACCCACGCUUUGAGAGGACAGUUCGUUCCCCCAAGGAUUGUUGAAGGAACUCGCCUUUGAAAAAAUGGACGACAACGAUUGCUGGAAUCAUACUGGUUACACCAAACCAGACAAACAAAAAAUUGUGUUAGACAUAAAUAGUGGAGAUGAGAAUGACACGACGACUUACCUACCAACUUUACCAGUUCCAGAGCAGCCCGAUGUGUCAGACUUUUUACGGGAACUAAGUGACGCCCAGGCGUACGAAUUCCGGGCAGUGAUCAGUGUGAUAGGAAUUCUCAUGAUCAUAGGAACAGUGGGAAAUUCGUUAGUUCUGUACGUCCAUAUUCUAAAGUUUAAACCAAGUUCCACACGGACCUUUGUUAUUUCGCUGGCGGUUUUUGAUUUACUCUGUUGCCUUAUAGCCAUGCCAGGCGAAAUUCUUGACAUACGUUUUACGUACACGUACACCUUUUCAGCUAGCUGUAAAAUCAUGCGUUUCAUAUCUAGUUUUGUAGCUAUAGGGUCUGGGAUUACGCUGAUGGCCGUAAGCUAUGAUCGGUUUCGACGCAUAUGUCAUCCCUUAAAACGGCAAAUAGGACACACACAAGCGUGGUACGCGGUCUUUUUCGCCGUUCUCGGCUCGCUUUUUUGCAGUUGGCCACUGUUGGUCAUAAGCGAUCCCAAAACGGUUGAAACUGGUUUUAUGAACAUCACCGGUCUGGAAUGCUCCGUUUCGGACAGGUUCAACAAAACCAAAAUUCCUCUUAUAUACACUGUAUUCCUGUUCAUAGUUUUUAUGUCGGCGUUCGUGUCAAUGAUAACCGCUUACGGCAUGAUUGGCCGCGCUAUAUUAAGGCAAAACAGUUUCCGGAAGCGAAUGAUGUCGGCACGUUCACGUAACGAAACGGUAACUAGUAUUUUAUCAUCAUCGCCAGAAGCUAACGGCACUCGAGUUCGCAAGAUAUCUACGACAUCCGUCAAUAAAAAUUUUGUCGGAGACACGGGUAAUCAAGGUUCGGGAGACAGCGAUUCCGAUGGCAAUACAGCUAUGUCUGUUGAGACAAGACCAUUGCCAUUAAACAGGAAGGUGUCAUCAGUAUCGACCAAACGGAUCACUAGGUCUCCUGACGAUGCUCGGCUCCGGAAAACAACCCUAAUGCUGUUCAUCAUAUCCGUGACGUUUCUGGUCAGCUUUCUCCCGCAUCUGAUACUUAAGGCCAUACAAGCUUUGGACAAGAGCUUCCUCGACGGCCAGAGUUCGUUGAUAAAGAUACUGUAUAAUUUAUCAGUUAGAAGUUUCCUCAUCAACUCCGUCUCCAAUGCUUUUAUUUACGGCUUCUGUAGUCCACGAUUCCGUCAAGAAUGUAAGAACAUCUUCAAACGAAUGGCUAGGAAGAGAUCGUUCUCUUUGAAUUCUAAUAGCUUUAAUUAUGCUUGA